AUGGAGAAGAACGAAGAUAAGAUGUUUCGAAUUAGAGUUGCUAAGGAACUAACCAAUUUGGGACAAAUUUUCGAAUAUGUGCAGGCAAAGGAGCAACUGCCAUCAGGGAACUUAUUGAAUGAUUUAGAGAGCCUAAGUGGGAAAUAUGACACAGUUGUAUGCCUUGACGUUCUGAUACAUUAUCCUCAGAACAAAGCAGAUGGAAUGAUCGCACACCUCGCUUUUUUAGCAGAGAAGAGAGUGAUUCUGAGUUUUGCGCCUAAGACUUUUUACUAUGAUAUCUUAAAGAGAAUUGGAGAGCUUAAGGCUACGAGGGCUUAUCUACACGCAGAGGCAGAUGUAGAACAAGCUUUGCGUAAGAGAGGACUCACCACCACCCAGUUUUACUUUUCUAGGCUCAUCGAAGCUGUUCCAAUCUCGACCACUUAA